AUGUCUUAUCGUCCAAGGUCCAUGAGCACCCAGGAGUUCUACGACAGAGCACCAACCUCAUAUCUGAUGGUGAAGUUUUUGACGGCAGCCGCAAUAGGUGCAUCACUGUUAUUCUUAGCAGGUUUAACCAUAACCGGGACAGUGAUAGCUCUGAUUUUGGCUACUCCAGUACUAGUCCUAUUCAGUCCAAUUCUAGUCCCGGCUAGGAUAUUGACUUUCUUGGCUGCUACUAGGUUCUUGUUCUCCGGCGGGUGUGGCGUGAUUGUGAUAACGUUGUUAUCGUGGGUAUACGGUUACGUGACAGGAAAGCACCCACCGGGAGCUGACUAG